UUCCUUGAAAGAUCAAUGUCAAACUACAGACCCUGUGCUUGAAGAUGCACUUGAAGCUCUUGACUUCCUUGACUCUAUACAAGUUGAUGAGUUUUUGGCAAUUGCUAAAGAAAAUAUUGUUUAUGAAGUUCCUUCAGAUGAUCAAGUUAUUACAGAGCUUGUUAAAACGUUCAGAACUAAUAAUCCAAUUGUUAUUGACUUAGAAGAUGCAGAUGAUAGCUGUGAGAUACCUAUGGUUAAUGCCAACAUGGCAAAUACAAGUUUGAAAACCGUACGUAUGUUUUUACUUCAGGAGGAAGGUACAGAAGAAUACAUCAAUAUUCUAAGAAAAAUUGAAAAUUUUAUUAGAGGAACGAAG